GUCGAUAGUGAAAAUGAUAAAGUUUUAAGCGGUUACAUUGAUGUAACGAUAAUCGUUAUCAAUCGUAUAAUGUGUCAUAUAGCUGAUAUUGAGAGUUCCUUAUCACAAGGAGCUCAGUGGCUACGUGUCCGCAAAGCUGACAACACAAAAAAUGGCUGAAUAUCGCGCUGGGAAAGCUGGUAUCAACGCCGAGGCGCAGGCGAGAAUCAACAGCAAAUAUAACAACGACAUCGCUCAAGAGACUCUCGAAUGGAUAAAGAGCAUCACUGGAGAACCCGAGAAUACCUCGGGAGAUGUCGACAAUCUAUACGAAGUACUUAAAGAUGGUACCCUUCUCUGCAACCUAGUUAACAAGUUUCAGGAGGGUUCGGUCAAGAAAAUAAACAAAUCGACGAUGGCAUUCAAGUGCAUGGAAAAUAUAAACGCCUUCCUCGAAGCCGUGAAGAAAUUGGGCGUGCCCGCGCAGGAAACAUUCCAGACGAUCGAUCUUUGGGAGAAACAGAACCUUUACUCUGUGGUGAUCUGUCUACAGUCUUUGGGGAGGAAGGCCGGUAACUUCGGUCUGCCGUCCAUCGGGCCGAAGGAAGCCGAGAAGAAUGUACGAGAAUUUACCGAAGACCAACUAAAAGCCGGUCAGAACGUGAUAUCACUACAGUACGGUACGAACAAGGGCCAGCAGUCGGGCAUCUCAUUCGGUAAUAGGCGUCAAAUGUAAUUUGUAUUUGUUUAAUUAAACUUAAUAAAUAUAUUUUUUAUUAUUUUUAA